AGCUGGCAUCCGGAAUGAUAACAGUAACCGCUUGCAACAGCAACCAAGAGCAUCUCGCGCUUUUCAGCCCACAUCGUCGAGCCAACGCAACAAGCCUUGAACAUGUACAAACAGUCGAUUGUCGUGCUUUCGUGUGCCCUGGCACUGGCCUUUGCCGCACCACCUUCCUCUCUUAGCAAACGCUCACCGGGCGGUGGUGCCGAUGCGGAAGCGACCGUCGUAGCGCAGGAUCAGAUCAUCAACGAGGGUGGCUCGUACGCGUACAACUACGAGACGAGCAAUGGCAUCAAGGCGCGCCAGACGAGCGAUAAUGGCGUCACGGCGAACGGCGAGUACUCGUUCGUAGGACCGGACGGUGCUUCCUACUCGGUCGUGUACGUCGCCGAUGAGAACGGAUUCCAGCCGCAGGGUGCUCACCUACCGACCGAACCGCCAGCACCCGAGCACGUCAUCAAGCUACUGGAGGAUCUGCGCGCCAACCCGCCAUCCGAUCCGGAGUUUAGUCUGGCCUCGCUGGAAGCUACCCUCGCACGGCUUCGCGCUACCCAGGGCUAAACGGAAGGAACCACCACACCUUAGGAUUCCUAGCACGAUCACUAGAUGAUUUGUACAUAGUUUCAAUCGACCGCGUUGGACUCCCCCUUGUACAUAGGCACAACAAAACACCGGAGACGCAGCGUACCUGUCCAUCGUACACCGAACGUACCGGGGUCGUUACUUUCCAAGCAACGCGCCACUGGAACAAUGGUUCGUCGAUUAGUUAAUCGUAGUAGUUUCAAUUUAGCUCCAAUUCUAGCACUAAUAAAGAACGAAUAACAGCAAGUGUA